AUGGAAGAGAACUACCAUUUCUCUUCUUCUUCUGCAUUGCACUUUAAAAGAUAUUUACUUUCUCUGCUCUUCUCUCUCCCCACUUCACUAUAUGCUCUCCUCCUCCUCUUUCUCUUGACCUACAAUGGUUUCACAGUGUUCUGGAUUCAUGUCCCUCUCUCUCUUCUUUCCCCUCCAACACACCACACCAAAUGGCCUCCUGCUUCUUCUGUGUCCCUUGCGGUAAAAGAAGAAACUUUACCACCCAUUAACAAGACCCAUUUGGCGCUUCUCCCUCAAAACACAAACUUUCCUCCUUUUCCCAUCACUGAAAAGCAGCAUAGAAGGCGUACAAGAGUGAAAAGGCACCACAAGCGUGGCCUCAGAAGCCUACUUCUAGAAGAGCCUCAAUUCCCAUUGUUUCGGUCCAGAAUCAAGGCCUUCUUUUAUGGCAAUUCCUCUUCUUCUGGUUCUUGCAAGUUCAGGUUCUUCAUGACUUGGAUUUCACCAUUGAAGGCAUUUGGUGUAAGAGAAUUGCUUUCUGUGGAGAGCUUGUUCAAGUCUCACCGUGAAGCUUGUUUGGUCAUAGUUUCAAAGUCAAUGGAUUCUGACACAGGAACUCAGAUUCUGAAUCCUUUUGUGGAAAAUGGAUUCAGGGUCACUGCCAUUGCACCUGAUUUCAAAUACAUAUUCAAGGGAACUCAUGCUGAAUCAUGGUUUCAAAAGUUAAAGGAAGGGAAUGUGAACCCUGGUGAAGUUUCCUUGGGACAAAACCUCUCCAAUUUGCUUAGGCUUGCAUUGUUGUACAAGUUUGGAGGUGCAUACAUUGAUGCUGAUGUAGUGGUCUUGAAGAGCUUCUCCAAAUUAAGGAACACAAUUGGAGCUCAGAAUCUUGAUCCAAGAACUGGUGAAUGGAGUCGUUUGAACAAUGCAGUGUUGGUAUUUGACAAGAAGCACCCUUUGCUUUUCAAGUUCAUUCAAGAAUUUGCACUCACUUUUGAUGGGAAUAAAUGGGGUCAUAAUGGUCCUUAUUUGAUUUCAAGGGUGGUUUCUAGGGUGAGAAGGAACCAGCAAGAAAGGUUUGAGAAUUUCACUGUUCUGCCACCAUCUGCAUUUUAUCCUGUGGAUUGGAGAGGGAUUAGCAGUUUGUUUUUGAGGCCAAGAGAUGAGAUUCAUGGAACAUGGUUGGAGAAGAAGAAGGAGCAAAUUAGCAAAGAGAGUUUUGCUGUGCACCUAUGGAAUAGGCAUAGUAAGAAGCUUAAGGUUGUAAAGGGAAGCAUUGUUGAUAGUAUCAUAUCAAGUUGUUGCAUCUUCUGCAACAUUUAA